AUGCACAAAACGACAUCGUCCUAUCUUGGAAAUCUAAAAAUAGAUAUUCAUUUUAUUAAUCAAAUUGGAAUUAAUUCAUUGGCCAGAGUAUUUGAUCCAUAUGAAUUGGGUCGAAUUGCAUCAUCAGUUAGUAAAGAAGAUCCAAUGGGUUUAUUUGAUCAAUCAAAAGUUCGUCCAUUAUUAUCAAGUAAAACAUAUUCAUCGUUUUAUGAUCAAACACAUGAUAAUUCAUGUCAAAGUGAAAGAAGAUCAGUCGAAGAUGUUCUUUCACAUUCAGCUAUUCUUGCUAUGGCUAAUUGUUCAAUUAGUUCAAAUAGAGGUUAUGAUGAAUUAGUUUCACAUCACAUUGAUGUUGUUCAUGAAGCACGAUUUUAUCUUAAAUGGGGUCACAAAGAUAAAUAA